CCCGCCCCCUCCGGCGGCGCCUGACGUCACUUCCGGCGCGUCCCGUGAGGGGCCCCGGGAUGGGGCGAGGGGAGAUCGCUCCUGCCUGAUCCGGCGCUGCCAAAUCCAGCUCGGCACCAUGGCCACCUCAGAGUGGCUCCGUUUCUUUGAGGACGCCGGGAUCCCCCCGGGCCCUGCCCUGGGCUACGCCGUGGCCUUCGUGGACAACAGGAUCCACAAGAACAUGCUGCUGGACCUGACCAAGGAGCUGAUGAAGGAGCUGGGCAUCACCGUGGUGGGCGACGUCAUCGCCAUCCUGCGCCACGCCAAGGUGGUCCACAGGCAGGAAAUGUGCCGGGCGGCCUCGGAGUCGCUGCAGCCCGAGGCUGUGGGGGGAUCCCGGCGGGAUCAGCGGGAUCCACCGGAUCACCAGCCCCGGGAUCAGCCCCGGGAUCAGCAGCGGGAUCAGCAGCGGGAUCAGGGCCGGGAUCAGGGCCGGGAUCCGUGCGGGGCCGCGGGCAGAAUGAUCACCAAGAGCCUGAGCCGUGACCCCGGCCCGCCCCGCGCCCCCCGGAACCCGCCCGGCACCGGGAUCUCCGUCACCGUCCCCAACGGGGCCGGCGGAUCCGGCUCCGAGGCGCCGUCGGCGCUGCCCAAGCGGCGCCGGGUGACGGCCGAGGCCGAGGGCAAGUACGUGAUCCGGCUGCCCAAGGGCACCACGGCCCGCAGCCGCCACAUCCUGCGCCUGCAGGCGGCACGAGGUCUGGGCCGGCCCUCGGUGUUCGAGCGCCUCGGGGCCGAGGCCAAAGCGGCCGCAGCCGCCGGAGCCAAGCCCUCAGGGGUGUUCAGCCGCCUGGGCGCCGCCCCGGAGGGCCCCGACCCAGCCGCGGCCGAUGGCGGCGCGGGGGAUCCGGCGGAUCCCGAGGCGCUGCCCUACGCCGGCGUGCUGAAGAAGCGCCGGGAAUGUUCCGGAACGGCGGCGACGGCGGCGCAGGACGGGGCCGUGUCCAGCUCGGGGGGCGCCUGGGGCUGCGGCCAGGUCAGCAGCUCCUCCUGCGGCCCCCGCAGCGUCUUCCGCAGGCUGGGCCGCAAACCCGACUGAGGGAUCCGCCCACGGGGAUCCGACUGAGGGAUCCGCCCCUGGGAUCCAACCCCAGGAUUGGUGGGAAUCGGCUGGGACUGACAGCGAGAACGGGGAUCCUGGGAAUGGAGAUCCUGCUGGGACUGAUCCUGCUGGAUCCACUGGGAUCCCACCCCGGGAUCUGCUGGGACUGACAGCGAGAACGGGGAUCCCAGGGAACCUGGGAGUGGGGAUCCCGCUGGAUCCACUGGGAUCCCUCCGGAAUCAGCCGGAAUCUGCUGGGAAUGACGGCAGCAAUGGAGACCCCAGGGAUCGUGGGGAUCCUGCUGGAUCCACCCGGGAUCUGCUGGGACUGACAGUAGGAACGGGGAUCCUGGGAGUGGGGAUCCUGCAGGAAUGGGGAUCCCCGGAGUGAGAAUCCUGCUGGGAUCGACACUGAGGGAUCCCAGGGAUCCUGCUGGGGUUGAUCCUGAGGGAUCCCUCGGGAAUCAAAGGGAGAUCCUGGCGGGAAUCCCUGGUUGAUCCCUUGGGAAAUGGGAAUCCUGCUGGAAAAGGGGGGAUCCCCCAGGAAUCCCUUGGCAAAGGGUGGAUCCCGUGGGAAUCCCGUUGGAAAACCCCGGUGGAUCCUGGCUGCAGAUCCCGAGGCCAAACCAGCACCAAAAUCUCCUUUUUUCCCCCCCAAUUUUCCCUUUCCCAGAUCUUUUUUUGGGGAUUUGGGGGUUCAGAUAAAAUUCCAUCCAGAGGUGGAUUUUAAAUCCCAUUUUUCCUGGAUUUUAUUCCUGUUUUUCCUCAGUUUUUAUUCCCAUUUUCCUGGGAUUUUAUUCCCAUUUUCCCGGUUUUUUACCCCCCUAAAAAUUUUACUCCAAAAGAAUUUUACUCCAAAAAUGAUCCCUGGGGGGAGUUUUGGGAGCAACUUCCCAAAAAAACCCCAAAUUUUUCCCAAAAAACCCCAAAUCUUUCCCAAAAAUCCCCAAAUCCUUCCCAAACCCCGCAACAGGUGCUCAAAACAUCCCAAAAUUGCCUUAAAUUGUGGAUUUUGCCUCCAGCGCCCCCAGGGCUUCCCAGAACCCCCAAAAUUCCUCAUUUCCCCAAAAUUCCUUCCUCUUUCUGGCCAGAAACCCCACAAAAUUUGCUUUUUUUCCCCAAAAUUAGUUCGGGGCAGGGAAUUCCGAGGUGGGGGAGGUUUUUAAUCAGGAAAAAAAAGAAAUUUGGGACUUUUUCCCCUGCACUUUUUGCCUUUUUCCCCAAAUCUGGGAUUUUUUUUUUCUCCUGCACUUUUUGGUUUUUCCCCAAAUUUGGGAUUUUUUUCUUUCUUCACUUUGUGUUUUCCCCCGAAUUUGGGAUUUUUUUUCUCUUCACUUUGUGUUUUCCCCCGAAUUUGGGAUUUUUUCCCCCCAAAUUCCAGGGCCAGGAUUUUCACUGCGCUUCGGGUGAAUUCUCGCGGUUUUUCCGCUUCUCGCGGGAGCUUUUUUUGGCAAUAAACGAGUGGAAAAAGUGUUAAUAAAUGCUAAUUUAUGCA